GAGGAACUUGAGAUCGAUGCCGAUAUGACCCAUCUUGAUCUUCGCCUGAAAAGGUUGACGACGCUGCCAUGGGAUUUGUCCGUUCUCACAAAUCUGCGCGAGCUGGAUUUGAGCAUGAAUCUGUACACACAACUGCCUGAACAAUGUGUGUGGCGCGAUGGACAUUUGGCAACCUCACUCACCAAGUUGUCAAUAAAUCAGAACCGAAUUCAGAUGCUGCCUGAAGAAAUUCAGGAGAUGACGGCCUUGCAAACUCUCUGCAUCUAUGACAACAUCAUGACAAGUUUACCAAAAUCAAUACAUCGGCUCAACAAUUUAACUCAGCUUAGUAUCUACAACAACUUUAUCACUGAGCUUCCAGAAGAGUUCUGUAGAAUUCCGAAGCUUCAGUUUGCAUUCUUGUCUAACAACAGAUUAACAUCGUUGCCCAACGGACUGGAACAGCUCACUUGUUUGCGUGGGUUUUACCUUGACGGAAAUCCCAUUACGGUCUUUCACUUCUAUUUCAUUUUCAUGUCCUGUGAAAUAAUUUUUAUAUCACAGGAGCUUCCAGGCGGUUUCUACAAGAUGCCGAAGAUGUAA